AUGAACCAGACGGACUUUACAAGGGGAGUUGAUUAUCAGUGUCAUUUUGACGAAACAGUGAGGAAUUCUACGAGAGUGAUUUCUCUGGUCUUCUACUACCUGACCUUGAUCCUCGGCGUUCCUGGAAAUGCAUUUGUCGUGUAUGUUGCUGGAUUGAAGAUGAAGAGGACUGUUAAUACAGUAGGGUUUCUCAAUCUAGCGAUUGCCGACCUCUUGUGCUGCCUUUCCACUCUUUACUAUUUGGCACAAAGAUCUCAUCUUGAUCACUGUCCAUAUGGAUCCAUCAUGUGCAAGAUUCUCCACUUCAUUGUGCUCAUCACCAUGUUUGCCAGCGUUUUCACACUGAGCUUGAUUAGUCUGGAUCGGUUUACUCUUGUGAUCACACCGGUUUGGGCUCAAAAUCAUCGCAGCUUGUUCAUCGCACGACUGUCCUGCGCAGCGGCCUGGAUUCUGGCUUCAAUUCUUAGUGUGCCUUUUAUGAUGUUAAGAAAGACUUACACAGAAAAUAACAAAACAUACUGCCUGCAUUUUCAACAUGAUGAAGACCAUUUUAAACUGUAUAGAAGGUUAAGCAUCAUCAGAUUUGUGUUUGGCUUUUUGGUUCCUCUCGUAUGCAUCACAACAUGCUACGGAUUCAUCGCACGCAAGUUAGGCAGGAGUCAUUUUCACUCUGGACGAGCGUUUCGCAUCAUGUUGGCUGUAAUCGUGGCCUUUUUUCUCUGCUGGCUGCCGUAUCACAUAGUGCGUUUGAUAAAAAUAUAUAGAGAGGAAUCAAGUUGUUUGGCAGCUUUGGCAGUGAAUCCGUUGGCUGUGUCUUUGGCGCAUUUCAACAGCUGUCUGAACCCCGUUCUGUAUGUUUUCAUGGGGCAGGAUUUUAAGAGCAACAUUAAACUUUCUCUAAGACGUGUUUUUGAAAGAGUUUUCUCUGAGGAGGGAACACAAGCAUCACGAUCCACACAGUCACAACAAAUGCACUCCGUGUAG